AUGUCCUCAUCCACUCUUCCUGAUGCCUCCGCCCAAGUCCCCGGACACUCCGCCUCCAAUCCCUCCAGCACCUCCGAACUCGCCAGUCUUAAAGUAAACCUGCGCUCUGCUCUGCGCCAGUUCCCGGACUUCCCCUCUCCGGGAAUUCUGUUCGAGGAUAUUCUGCCUAUCUUCGCCAACCCUUCUCUCCAUGAAGCCCUGAUUCGCUCUCUAGAGCUCCAGGUUCUGGCCAGCAGCAACGGCCAAAAGCCCGAUGUUAUCGUCGGCUUGGAGGCUCGUGGCUUUCUGAUGGGCCCCAGUUUGGCUUUGCGUUUGGGCGCUAGCUUUGUUCCUGUUCGCAAGCAGGGCAAGCUUCCUGGUCCUUGCGUGACCCAGGGCUAUGAGAAAGAGUAUGGUACGGAUUUCUUCCAGAUGCAGAAUGAUGCUAUCAAGCCUGGUCAGAAGGUUAUUGUUGUCGACGACAUUAUCGCCACCGGUGGCUCUGCCUUCGCAGCCGGUGAGAUGAUUAAGAAGAUGGGCGGCGAACUGCUGAGCUUCCUUUUCAUUCUCGAACUCGAAUUCCUCCACGGACGUGACAAGCUUCCUGCUCCUGUCAACACUCUCCUCUCCGGCCAGGCUUAG